UUCCGGCGUCUCUUCUCUCUUGUCUCCUCCACUUGCUGCCUCGGUUUCCCUCCUGGGAAGAAUCCGGACCCUGCAGCUUGUUUUGGCUCCUUGACUCCUCAGGAAGGAUGAAAGAGACGGAUCCUGCCAAGCUAGAGAGGAUGGAAGGGGGAAGAUGGACGGUUGACCAGAUGAGGUUGUCUCCCUCAUCCUUCCCCACAACUUCUGUGCUUCCCCUCCCAGGGACUUCCAAGAGUUCUGAUGGUGAUGAAUCGGAAGGGAAGAACAAGGGGGACCACAAGAGAGUCCACAUGGCAGAGAAGUCAGAGUGUGGAGAGAACAUCGGUCAGAGCUCCCAGUCCACCUCCCAUCAAAGAAAAUCCUUCGUUCAGAGGGAUAGCCUCACUUCACAUGAAAGAGCACAGAGUAGGGAGAAAUUGAAUCAGUGCACAGAAUGUGGGAAGACCUUCAGUCGGAAGGAUACUCUCACUUUGCAUCAAAGAAUUCAUACAGGGGAGAAACCCUAUCAGUGCUUGGAAUGUGGAAAGAGCUUCAGAAAUAGCUCCAAUCUCACUUCCCAUCAAAGAAUUCAUACAGGGGAGAAACCCUAUCAGUGCUUCAGAUGUGGAAAGAGCUUCAGUCGGAAGGAUAGUCUCACCUCCCAUCAAAAAGUUCAUACAGGGGAGAAACCCUGUCAGUGCUUGGAAUGUGGAAAGAGCUUCAGUCACAGGAAUAGUCUCAUUUCCCAUCAAACAAUUCAUACAGGGGAGAAACCCUAUCAGUGUUUUGAAUGUGGAAAGAGCUUCAGUCAAAGUGCCCAUCUCACUUCCCAUCAAAGAAUUCAUACAGGGGAGAAACCCUAUCAGUGCUUGGAAUGUGGAAAGAGCUUCAAUCAGCAGAAUAGUCUCACUUCCCAUCAAAGAAUUCAUACAGGGGAGAAACCAUAUCAGUGCUUCGAAUGUGGAAAGAGCUUCAGUCACAGGCAUAGUCUCAUUUCCCAUCAAAUAGUUCAUACAGGGGAGAAACCCUAUCAGUGCUUGGAAUGUGGAAAGAGCUUCAGUCAGAGAACCAAUCUCACGUCCCAUCAAAGAAUUCAUACAGGGGAGAAACCCUAUCCGUGCUUCAAAUGUGGAAAGAGCUUUCGCCUGAGUGCUAAUCUCACUUCCCAUCAGAGAAUUCAUACAGGGGAGAAACCCUAUCAGUGCUUGGAAUGUGGAAAGAGCUUCAGUCACAGAAACAAUCUAACAACCCAUCAAAGAAUUCAUACAGGGGAGAAACCCUAUCAAUGCUUGGAAUGUGGAAAGAGCUUCCGGGAGGGGACCAAGCUCACUUCCCAUCAAAGAAUUCAUACAGGCGAGAAACCCUAUCAGUGCUUGGAAUGUGGAAAGAGCUUCCGGGAGGGGACCACGCUCACUUCCCAUCAAAAAGUUCAUACAGGGGAGAAACCAUAUCAGUGCUUUGAAUGUGGAAAGAGCUUCAGUCACAGGCAUGGUCUCAUUUCCCAUCAAAGAAUUCAUACAGGGGAGAAACCCUAUCAGUGCUUGGAAUGUGGAAAGAGCUUUCGUCAUAGAGAUGCUCUCACUUUGCAUCAAAGAGUCCAUAAAGGGGAGAAACCAUAUCAGUGCUUUGAAUGUGGGAAGAGGUUCCGGGAGGGGACCAAACUCACUUCCCAUCAAAGAGUCCAUACAGGGGAGAAACCAUAUCAGUGCUUGGAAUGUGGAAAGAGCUUCAGUCAGAGUUCCAGUCUCACGUCCCAUCAAAGAAUUCAUACAGGGGAGAAACCCUAUCAGUGCUUGGAAUGUGGAAAGAGCUUCAGUCACAGGCAUAGACUCACUUCCCAUCAAAGAAUUCAUACAGGGGAGAAACCCUAUCAGUGCCAAGAAUGUGGAAAGAGCUUCAGUCAAAGUGCCCAUCUCAAGAACCAUAAAAUAAUUCAUGUAGGGCAGAAACCCUAUCAGUGCAGAGAAUGUGGAAAGUGUUUCAGUCAGAAGGGCAAUCUCACUUCCCAUCACAGAAUUCAUACAGGCGAGAAACCCUAUCAGUGUUUUGAAUGUGGGAAGAGCUUCAGUCAAAGUGUCCAUCUCACUUCUCAUCUAAGAAUUCAUACAGGGGAGAAACCCUAUCAGUGCUUGGAAUGUGGAAAGAGCUUCAGUCACAGGUCAAAUCUCACUUCCCAUCAAAUAAUUCAUACUAGAGAGAAAACGUCUCAGUGUCUGGAAAUUGGCUCACCAAAUAAUCCAAGUUCUUCGUAAAAAAAAAGCCAAUGAAGGAGAUCCCACCCCCUUAUGAGGGACUUCCUUUUCACUGUCUGCUCUUACUAUCAGAAAGUUCUUCCUGAUCUUUAGGAGGAAUCUCCUUUCUUGUUACUUGAAUCCACUAGAGCAGAAGGAAACAAGCUUGCUCCAUCUUCCAUGGGAAACCACUACAGAUUGAGGAACAAAAAUUAUUAUUCUAAUGGAAAUCCCCAUAAGACUAUUUUAAAAAGUGCCUAACUAUAGAUUAUUGACGGAAACAUUAAACAAGAAAACUGUCCCAUUUUGUUUGGAAUUUCCAGAAGGGAUCUCAUUUAUUUAUCAAGGAACAAAACAAAGAAGUGUGGAACCAAUGAAGGCAAUAUAAAAAUAUAAAAAAGACUUUGGAAAAUUAGAGGAAACACAACAAGUAGAAGAAAAGGAGGCUGGAGAGGGAGAGUAGUAAAGGGACAAAAGAAGAAGACAUUGGGCCCAAGACUCCUCUGAGAGUCUGGGGCCCCAUGGAGCCUCUCCCCUUCACCCCCCCUUUCUGGCUCCAAUACUUCCCUGCUGGUCCCCUCUGGGAUUAUGGGAAUAUGGUUUCCCAUAAUACGUCUCCAGAAGCAUCCUCAAGACACCAUAGAUCUGUCACAGAAAAGUUCAUGACUCCUUGGGAAGGCCCUGUACAUCUCGGGAUUAUGGUGGGCUCACUGACCCCUCCCCUUAAGCCUCACUUCCCUGGGUCCUAAAUGCCAUUGGAACUGAGAAGAUGGAUACAACAAGGUGACUUCUUAGGAAUUUCUAAAGUUUAACAAUACUGUGUUUCUCACAAAAUAAGACGUGCCUAUAAAAUAAGCCAUGGCACGAUUUUCUCAAGGCAAUAAAAUAUAAGACAUACCCCCAAAAUAAGACGUACUGGGGUACUGGUAGUGGUGGGAGCAGGUCUGCAUGGCGCUUCUGCAGUGCGCACCGAGCCCCGACUGAGGGUAUGUAGCUGUUUCCAAACUAUUAGCAGAGUUGUAGAAGCGUAGCAAAAACUCCUUGCUUAGCACGCUUGUCAGGCAUCUAUUUGCCUGACUCCAAGUCCAAGCUGCGUAGCAGAGAAACUGUCCAGUGCGCUCCCGUUGCGCAAUCUCUGCUUCUAUCACGAAAGUCAAACCUCGUUUCCUAAACGUCUCAGAAUUCUUUCUUCUGAAGUUUAGAUAACAGUUCAAACUGCAGCUUGUAGCAGCGGAAACUUUCCAGCUUUCAGUGCUCGUGAAAUAAAUCACUUUCACUCCCUUUCACUCACAUCGGAUUCUUAUCUCAUUAUGCAUGAUAAAGCUUUCUUUAGCACCUCAGCCCAGGACUAAUUGCAGCCAUCAGCAGCCAUUAACAGCCAUCCACAGGUUUACCACUCCCAUCAGCCCAUCUCCCAUUCCCACCCACCCCCACCACCCUCUGUAUAUAUAUAGGGUCUGACACUUCUGUUUCUAGUGUAUCUGAAGAAGUGUGCAUGCACACGAAAGCUCAUACCAAAAUAUAAACUUAGUUGGUCUUUAAGGUGCUACUGAAGGAAUUUUUUUAUUUUGCUUCGACUCAGACCAACACCUACCUGUAACUUUCACUCCCUUGUUCAUUAAAACAAAGAGAUUUAUUGACACCAGCCCGGACUGGACAAAUCCAUCCUGGCUAGAAGCUUCAACACAACAGACAGAACAGAAACAGACGAUGUCAUAUAUACAGAUACACAAUAGCAACAGGUACUACUUCCUGUUUCCUGUCUAUACGACACAUCACAAGCCCCUUGUGAUACAGGACGACUGCUGAGCUAUUUAUCCCUCAGCUCACAUGUGGCAGAAUAGUAAUGGGGAACCCCCGUCUGCCUCGCGGUUAGUCUGCAUAAGAUUUGGCCUCCUUGGGGCAGAGUCCUUGGCAUAGAUGGAGGAGGGUGGAGAGAAGGGUGGCAGCCCCUUGAGCACAGGCACAGAAGCAGGAAGGGAGGAGGGGCGGGCUCAGUGCUCUUGGCUUUGCAAAGGUUAAAAGGAGCAGAGUUGGAUUCCUAGAGAGGACAGGAAGUGGAGGGGAGGGGGUUGAAAGUCCUCCAGAGAAGAAGCCCCUCCCUCCCACAUCCCUCCCUGCAAGCAGGAGGCUGCUUUCUUCUCCUUUGCAAAAGCUUCCUCGGUGCCUCUCCUGGAAUCCUGUGAAUCUCCUCUCUCUUCCCCCUGAGGGUGCACUGGGGAGAAGGGGGUCCCAGGGGUGCAGGGAGGCUGCAUGGGGGUCCCUGUUCAGAUCAUGCAUGGUGGGAAGAGACCUCUAAGUCAGGAAAUCCUCUCUGCCAAGCCAGGGAGGGGGUGAGUUCGCAGGAGGUCUGCAGCUCUCUUCUUCCUUGGGAUCCAGAUCCUUCCUUCCUUUUGGGGGAGGGGGCUUUGGGUCAAGGAAAACUGGGCUUGCAAAUAAACCCCCUUCAGGUUUGGGGAUAAGUCACAUUUGCUAACAGGGGCUGUAGCCAGAUGGGAACAUUUGCACAUGGUGCCCUUCUGCAUCUGCAGUAGCAAAGCUGGACCACUUCCUCUGUCCCAGAUGCAACAACACAUGUCUCUCCCCUAUUCAGGCUAAACAAGUAGAUGAACUAAUGUGAAAGCAAAUUUCAGAUCUAUCCUCAGGAAAUACUAAAGCUAGUAUAAAAGAUUCCUUCUCCCAACAUUAUGGGACAAAUGAGGAGGACAUGGAACACAUAAAAUCCUUUUUGGCUCACUGUAAUAAAAUUCUUACCAUCCUGAUAGGUACUUGUAAAACCUAGAAAAAAUCUAGCAGAGAGUCUGUGCGUUUUGAUAAACAAGAAAUGAAAAUUGUUGCUAAUGCCUGCGCCUUUGUCAUCUGCAGGUAAUCUGAGCUGGGAAUAGAUCACAGAUCCCCGGCCAGCACAGCUCAAAAUGUCUAAAACCAGUUCUGUGAUCAGAAUGCCAUACCAAUGAUCCAUCGCGCAGCACUAGAAGCCACGACUGAACACAGAUGGGGCCUCCAUGUGUUGCCUUUUUCUUUUCUUUUUGGAAUAACUUUUAAUUUGCUUUUAAAAACAAGGGUAAUAUUAACAAUAAAUUAAAUGCCUGUCAGGUUCGUGCAAGCAUGUACACAGACCAUUUGCCCUUCCUGGCCUGGCAUCCUUUAACCAUGAAGAUUAGGAGUUGGCUUUGAUGUAGAUCUGUAUCUUUCACAGGGAGAUGGUAAAUGCCUGUCUUUCUUUCCUGUGUGUUUAUUGCCUCCAGGAUUUCCUAAAGUGCAUUCCUCCUUUGCUUCCUGUUUAUUUAGCCUCAACAUGUAUGCAUACUUAAGUGGUAAAUAAAUGUCUUUGUAGUUCAGAGAUUUUCUGUUAAUCUGACUCUGUCCCACGUGGAUUUUUGAAAUGUCCAGAGAGGAUUUGAUUGGCUCUUGCAAGUGCUGUGUUGACAUUCUUGUUGUUAAUAAAGCAGCCUGGGGCUGUGAGUGAGGGUUGCACUUGCCCCCAGAGUCUUGCUGGUCAA